UGCGCCCAGCUCCUGUGGCCGCGCCCUGGCGGCGGCGCGCGCGCUGGCCUGGAGGCCGACUUGGAGGCCUCUCUGGAGACCGAGCUGGCCCGGCAGGCAUUGCGCGGGCAACAUGGCGGCGCCCGGGGAGGGGAGGCGCUUCUACGGCGGGAACCUCUUCUCCUUCUUGCCUGGCGGCGCGCGCUCCGAGGUGAUGGACGACCUAGUGACGGACGCGCGCGGCCGGGGCGCGGGGCGGAGAGAUGCCGCCGCUUCAGCCCCGACGCCAGCCCAGGCGCCGACCGAUUCUCAGGUCGCCGAGGACACCUCCCAGAGGCGGCCCUGCCGGGCUUGCGUAGACUUCAAGACGUGGAUGCGGACGCAGCAGAAGCAGGACAGCAAGUUUAGAGAAGAUUGUCCUCAGGAUCGUGAGGAACUGGGUCGCCAUAGCUGGGCUGUCCUUCACACCCUGGCCGCCUACUACCCGGACCUGCCCACCCCAGAACAGCAGCAAGACAUGGCCCAGUUCAUACAUUUAUUUUCUAAAUUUUACCCGUGUGAGGAGUGUGCAGAAGACAUAAGGAAGAGGAUACACAGGAACCAGCCAGAUACACGCACGCGGGCAUGCUUCACCCAGUGGCUGUGCCGCCUGCACAACGAGGUGAACCGCAAGCUAGGCAAGCCAGACUUCGACUGCUCGCAAGUAGAUGAGCGCUGGCGUGACGGCUGGAAGGACGGCUCCUGCGACUAGACGGCAGCCAGCAGGAGUCCAUGGGGCAGCCAGCCAGGGCCUGUGGGCAGCCCGGCUGGAGAGGGGAAAGGCACUCAUUAAAGUGUGUCAGAGCCAGAGCCUGUCGUGUCUCAGUUAGGUGGUCCCCAGACACUGCCCACGGGGCCCUUUCCCUCCCACAUUUGCAGUAGGAGUGGAAGUGUCUGCGCAGGUACCCUGAUGGCCGCCUCCUCAGCUGAGGCCCAGUGGGGCUGCAGGUGAAGGAGGCAGGAGCAGCCCAGACUGUCCCUUCCAUUCAGGAUGUGGCCUCCUGCUCACUCCACACCCUGGCGCCCACUUCCCCACAGGACGGUGACACGUCUGGCUGGGCUGCCCUGCCAGGCCUGGCCAUUGUCUCCCCUCCCAUGUAGCUGGGGACAGCUGCAGUGACUGUAGCCCCAGAGACUGUGCGAGCUCUGCACUUCAGGAAAGAGGACUGGGGGAGAGCUCUCUACGCUGCUCAGUCUACAGGGAAAGCACAGGCAGGGCUCUUCUCCGAGGGUCCACCGACCCUGUUGCCUGCCUCCCAUCUAGCACGUUGCCUUCGCUAGCUGCACCAGGCCUGUCAGAGGCUUCAUGGGGCCAGCUUCCUUGAAGCUUGAGACCAAAAUAAAGUGCUGGAGAAGUGACUGAG